CCCGCCUCGCCCCGGCGGCCGCUGACCUGUGCGCGCGGGCGGUGACAGUGGCCGCCCGGGGGUGCUCGGUCUCUGCGCGCCACGCCCCCGCCCGUCCUUCGGAGGCACGCCGCCUCCCGCCUCUCCGCUUAGACCCCCUCGGGGGCCCAGGCGGGGCCCAAACCUCUGCCAGCAUCGCCGCCAUCGUCUGCGCUGCGUCCCUAGCUCAGCGAAGGACAGGCCUCGCGCCGGGACCCCCAUCGACUUCUGAGGUGCCAGAAUGGUGGGGGAACUCCGCUACAGGGAAUUCAGAGUGCCUCUGGGACCUGGCUUGCAUGCCUACCCAGAUGAGCUGAUCCGCCAGCGGGUAGGCCACGAUGGGCAUCCUGAGUACCAGAUCCGCUGGCUCAUCCUCAGGCGUGGGGAUGAAGGGGAAGGGGGCUCUAGCCAAGUGGACUGCAAGGCUGAGCAUAUCCUACUGUGGAUGUCCAACGACGAGAUCUAUGCCAACUGCCACAAGAUGCUGGGCGAGGACGGCCAGGUCAUCGGCCCCUCUCAGGAGAUCACAGGGGAGGCUGGGGCCCUGGACAAAUCUGUGUUGGGGGAAAUGGAAACUGAUGUGAAGUCUUUAAUUCAGAGGGCCCUCCGGCAGCUGGAAGAGUGUGUGGGUACCAUCCCUCCUGCUCCUUUACUUCACACUGUCCAUGUACUCAGCGCCUAUGCCAGCAUUGAGCCCCUGACUGGGGUAUUCAAAGACCCAAGGGUCCUGGACCUGCUCAUGCACAUGUUGAGUAGUCCUGAUUAUCAGAUUCGCUGGAGUGCAGGCCGGAUGAUACAAGCCCUGGCCUCCCAUGAUGCUGGGACUCGGACCCAGAUCCUUCUGUCACUAAGCCAGCAAGAGGCCAUUGAGAAACACCUGGAUUUUGACAGCCGCUGUGCUCUACUAGCUUUGUUUGCACAGGCCACACUCUCUGAACACCCUAUGUCUUUCGAAGGCAUCCAGCUGCCACAGGUCCCAGGAAGGCUACUCUUCUCCCUGGUGAAGCGCUAUUUGCACGUCACUUCCCUUCUGGACCAGCUGAAUGACAGUGCUGCAGAACCAGGAGCCCAGAACAACUCUGGUCCCGAGGAGUUGAGUGGGGAAAGGGAUCGACUGGAGCUGGAGUUCAGCAUGGCCAUGGGCACCUUGAUCUCAGAGCUGGUGCAGGCCAUGCGCUGGGACUGGGCCUUGAGCAGACAAAGGCCUUUGGCACGGUCCUCCUGCUCCAUCUUCCAGCCCCAACUGGCAGAGGCUGGCCCCGGGCUGCCACCCACCCGGGCCCAGCCCUCCAUUAGGAGGUCAAGGAGGUUCCGCCCUCGCUCUGAGUUUGCAAGUGGCAAUACUUAUGCCUUGUAUGUGCGAGAGACGCUGCAGGCUGGGAUGCGAGUGCGCAUGCUGGAUGACUACGAGGAGGUCAGCGCUGGGGAUGAGGGAGAGUUCCGUCAGAGCAACAACGGCAUGCCCCCCGUGCAGGUGUUGUGGGAGUCGACGGGCCGCACCUACUGGGUGCACUGGCACAUGCUGGAAAUUCUGGGCUUUGAGGAAGACAUUGAGGAUGUGGUUGAGGCCAAUGAGUACCAGGGGGCAGUGGUCAGUGGAGCCCUGGGUGUAGCUCUGCCUUCCUGGCGGUGGAAGCCCAUGACAGAGCUCUAUGCAGUGCCCUACGUGCUGCCUGAGGAUGAGGAUGCUGAGGAGAGUGAGCACCUGACCCAGGCGGAGUGGUGGGAGCUCCUCUUCUUUAUCAAGAAGCUGGACGGGCCUGACCAUCAGGAGGUUCUCCAGAUCCUCCAGGAGAACCUGGAUGGGGAGAUUCUGGAUGACGAGAUCCUGGCUGAGCUGGCUGUGCCCAUGGAGUUGGCCCAGGACCUACUGCUGGCUCUGCCACAGCGACUUGAUGACAGCGCUCUCAGGGACCUGCUCAACUGCCGUGUCUACAGGAAAUACGGGCCUGAGGCCCUGGCAGGGCACCCAGCUUACCCAACCCUUCUGGAAGCCCAGGCCCAGCCUCAGGAAUCAGCAGGUGCAGCCAGAGUGGAAGGAAAAGAACCCCCAGCUCAGUAUCCUGACACUCCUCUGUGGCGACUGCUGGUGGAUUGUGGUCCACCUGGGAGAACCUUCCUGGACCUGGAGCGAGCUCUCAGCUCAGAGGGGCCCCAGGAGACAGAGAUCAAGCCGUUCCUGCUGCAGCUGCAGCGGCAGCCCCAACCUUUCCUUAUCCUGAUGCAGAGCCUCGCCACCCCGGCAGCCAACAAGCCCCUGCACCUGACCGUUCUGAGAAUCCUGAUGCAGCUGGUGGACUUCCCCGAGGCGCUGCUGCUCCCCUGGCACGAGGCCAUGGACGCCUGCAUGGCCUGCCUGCGGUCACCAGACACUGACCGAGAGGUGCUCCAGGAACUGAUCUUCUUCCUGCACCGCCUCGCUUCCGUGAGUAGGGACUAUGCCGUGGUGCUGAAUCAGCUGGGAGCCCGAGAUGCCAUCUCCAAGGCUCUGGAAAAGCAUCUGGGCAAACUGGAGCUGGCUCAGGAGCUGCGGGACAUGGUGUUCAAGUGUGAGAAGCAUGCCCAUCUCUACCGGAAACUCACCACCAACAUCCUGGGAGGCUGUAUCCAGAUGGUGCUGGGCCAGAUCGAGGACCACCGACGAACCCACCGACCCAUCAACAUCCCCUUCUUUGACGUGUUCCUCAGAUAUCUGUGCCAGGGUUCCAGUAUGGAAGUGAAGGAGGACAAGUGCUGGGAGAAAGUGGAGGUGUCCUCUAACCCACACCGGGCCAGCAAGCUGACGGACCGCAACCCCAAGACCUACUGGGAGUCCAGCGGCAGCGCCGGCUCCCACUACAUCACCUUGCACAUGCACCAGGGCAUUCUCAUCAGGCAGCUGACUCUGCUAGUGGCUGGUGAAGACUCGAGCUAUAUGCCAGCCAGGGUGGUGGUGUUUGGGGGUGACAGCACCAACUCUCUUAACACGGAACUCAACUCGGUCAAUGUGAUGCCCUCUGCCAGCCGGGUGAUCCUGCUGGAGAACCUGACCCGCUUCUGGCCCAUCAUCCAGAUCCGCAUAAAGCGCUGCCAACAGGGCGGCAUUGACACGCGCAUUCGGGGGUUGGAGGUCCUGGGCCCCAAGCCCACAUUCUGGCCAGUGUUUCGGGAGCAGCUGUGUCGUCACACACGUCUCUUCUACAUGGUUCGGGCACAGGCCUGGAGCCAGGACAUAGCAGAAGACCGCAGGAGCCUCCUGCACCUGAGCUCUAGACUCAAUGGGGCUCUGCGCCAGGAGCAGAAUUUUGCUGAUCGCUUCCUCCCUGAUGACGAGGCCGCCCAAGCACUGGGCAAGACCUGCUGGGAGGCCCUGGUCAGCCCCCUGGUGCAGAACAUCACCUCCCCUGCUUCUCCCACUGCCCUGGAGACAUGCCCUGCCUUGGCUUGUUCUUCCCAACCUCCAGAUGAGGAUGGCAUCAGCCCCCUGGGCUGGCUGCUGGACCAGUACCUGGAGUGUCGGGAGGCUGCCCACAACCCCCAGAGCCGCGCAGCUGCAUUCUCCUCACGGGUGCGCCGCCUCACCCACCUGCUGGUGCACGUGGAGCCCUGUGAGGCGCCCCUUCCAGCAGCAGCUGCUCCUCGGACCAAGAGCAGAAACAGAAGCCAUGACUGGAGCUCCCUGGCUACCCGGGGGCUUCCCAGCAGCAUCGUGAGAAACCUGACCCGCUGUUGGCAGGCCGUGGUGGAGGAGCAGGUGAACAACUUUCUGACAUCACACUGGCGGGAUGAUGAUUUUGUGCCGCGCUACUGUGAACACUUUCAUAAUCUGCAGAAGUCGAGCUCCGAGCUGUUUGGGCCACGGGCAGCUUUCUUGCUGGCGCUGCAGAAUGGCUGUGCUGGUGGCUUGCUGAAGCUCCCAUUUCUCAAAGCUGCCCACGUGAGUGAGCAGUUUGCCCGGCACAUUGACCAGCGGAUCCAGGGCAGCCGCAUUGGUGGAGCCCGGGGAAUGGAGAUGCUGGCGCAGCUGCAGCGGUGCCUGGAGACAGUCCUAAUUUUCUCUGGCCUGGAGAUAGCCACCACCUUCGAACAUUACUACCAGCACUACAUGGCCGACCGUCUCCUGGGCGUGGGCUCCAGCUGGCUGGAGGGGGCUGUGCUGGAGCAGAUCGGCCCCUGCUUCCCCAACCGCCUCCCCCAGCAGAUGCUACAGAGCCUGAGCACCUCUGAGGAGCUGCAGCGCCAGUUCCAUGUCUACCAGCUCCAGCGGCUCGAUCAGGAGCUCCUGAAGCUAGAGGACACCGAGAAGAAGAUACAGGGGGGCCAUGAGACCAGUGACAAGGAACACAAGGGAGAGAAGGCAGAGGAAGCAGAGGGAGCUGUGGUCACAAACGUGGUAGAGGAGGAGGAGGAGGAGGAAAAUGAGGAUCUCUACUAUGAGGGGGCAAUGCCCGAAGUGUCUGUGCUAGUCCUGUCACCUCGCUGCUGGCCCAUUGCCUCCAUCUGCCACACGCUGAACCCCAGAACCUGCCUGCCCUCCUACCUCAGGGGCACUUUGAACCGAUACUCCAACUUCUACAGCAAGAGUCAGAGCUACCCGGCCUUGGAGCAGGGCCCGAAGAGGCGGUUGCAGUGGACGUGGCUGGGCCGGGCCGAGCUGCAGUUUGGGGACCAGACCCUGCACGUGUCCACUGUCCAGAUGUGGCUGCUGCUGUAUCUCAAUGACCUGCAGGCUGUGUCCGUGGAAAGUCUGCUGGCACUCUCGGGGCUCUCUCCAGACAUGCUCAAUCAGGCGAUCACACCUCUCACAUCUUUGAGAGGCCCCCUGGACCUUCGAGAGGAAAACGAUGUCCCAGGAGGUGUGCUCAAGAUUCGAGAUGCCAGCGAGGAGCCCAGGCCAAGGAGGGGCAACGUGUGGCUCAUCCCACCUCAGGUGUACCUGAAAGCUGAGGAUGAAGAGGGCCGGAACUUGGAGAAGAGGCGGAACCUUCUGAACUGCCUCAUUGUCCGGAUCCUCAAGGCCCACGGGGACAAGGGGCUGCAUAUCGAUCAGCUUGUCUGUCGGGUCCUGGAUGCUUGGCAGAAGGGCCCAUGUCCUCCCAGGGGUUUGGUCAGCAGCCUUGGUAGGGGAUCUGCCUGCAACAGUACCGACGUCCUCUCCUGCAUCCUGCACCUCCUGGGCAAGGGCACAGUGAGGCGCCAUGAUGACCAGCCCCAGAUGCUGUCCUAUGCAGUCCCCAUGACUGUGAUGGAGCCUCACACCGAGUCCUUGAACCCGGGUUCCUCAGGCCCCAACCCACCCCUCACCUUCCACACCCUGCAGAUUCGCUCUCGGGGGGUGCCCUAUGCCUCCUGCACAGGUACCCAGAGCUUCUCUACCUUCCGGUAGCCCUGGAAGUGGGAUCAGGGCUUUCUCCAGAAAUAAAAUGCAGGAGUUUGAUUACA